GAGGUCUAGAAGAAAUAUAAAUGGCAGUGACAAAGCUCAGUCGUUAAACCACAAACAUGGAAGCUCCACAACUGAUACGAAUGCUGCUACUGGUCAUUGCGAUUGGAUUGGAAUAGGUUCCCCAGACAUCCGCUGACUGCACCCUUACCAGGACAAUGAUCGAAGGCACGAAUCGCAUAUUCACUAACCGUGAUGCAUCCAACAACUACGAACUAAAGCGUAAUCAGCGAGUCCGUACCUCAGAGGUGCUCCAUAUGGUUUGCAAAGAUGAUGACAUCGUCCAGAGCACUUGUCAGCAGAACAGAAACUUUAGUCGUCCAUUUCCCAUGCGCUGCACCCGACCCAUAGCUCCUACGGCAUCAAUCGUUACGGAUGCGUCCUGUUCGGCCACCAUGUACUCCGUGGGCUACACCAUCAGAAAUCGUCACCUAGAACUCUACAGGGCUUGUUACGACCGCACCCUCAUCAAGGCUUUGUUCACAACACACACAGUUUACCAAAAGUCCUUCAACCCUCAACGACCUUGUACCGAAUUCACUCGUGAUGGAGCUUUGAGCCAAGCAGAUGCUGAAAGUUUCCUGCCUCGCAAUGUCUUCAGGUCUUUCCGUCAAAUAUUUGGAAACACUCAACGCUACAUUCGUAAUGAUCGAGAUGUGAUCAUUAACCGUGGACAUCUGACGCCCUCCGGAGACUAUCUGUACGGGGACCAGAUGUGUGCCACCUUUAAAUACAUCAAUGUAGUGCCGCAAUUUAAGAGUAUCAACGACAACAACUGGGAGACCAUUGAGCGGUGGGUACGAACUCGCAUCAGUGUCGGAGGUACUCUGAGGAUUAAAACGGGAGUCACGGGCACCCUCACCCUGCCGGAUCGCCAGCGUAGGCAACGACGCGUUAUUUUGGGAGCCAAUGUCAAGAACCCAAUGCCCGAGUGGAUGUACAAAGUGGUGCGCACAGCCUCGAAUCAGCCACACACAGUCUUCGUUACCUACAACAAUAUUUUCGCCACCAGUCGUCCAAAUGCCCCCAACUUCUGCCGUAGUAUACCCUGCCCUGUGACCCUGGUCAACACGGCAGCUGCUGGCUAUACCUUCUGUUGCAAUGCUACCACUUUUGCCCUUUAGAAACAUAUGGAAAUAUAAAUUAAACAUAAUGCAGCAAUAAA